AUGACAAGUUUUGCUGAAGGAGACAGGAAUACAAAGUAUUUUCACAGUAUUGUGAAUGGUAGGAGAAAGAGAUUGCAGAUCAAAAGAAUUCAGAAUCGGCGAGGGAUAUGGAUAGAAGUGGAUUCACUAUUGGCGAAGAAGCUUGUAAUUUUAUCGGCGGUUUUCUCAAGAGUUGUGAUUGACAUUAGACUAAGGGGAAAACCAACUAAUGUAGUGCUUAAGCUUGACAUGGCCAAAGCAUAUGAUAGAGUAUCAUGGAGUUACUUGAUAAGAGUUUUAAGGAAGAUGGGAUUUGCAGAAGUGUUCAUAGAUAUGGUUUGGAGGUUGAUAGCAAAUAACUGGUAUUCCAUACUCCUUAAUAGCCAAGCUUCUACUUUUUUCCACUCCACCAGGGGUGUAAAACAAGGAGAUCCACUCUCUCCUGCUUUGUUCAUCUUAUCUGCUGAAGUUUUAUCUAGAGCAUUGAACUCUUUAUUUGAGAACAAUGAUUUUAGAAGCUAUGGAAUGCCCAAAUGGAGUGCAAGUCUGAAUCAUCUGGCAUAUGCAGAUGACACAAUAAUUUUUUCAUAUCUUUGA